AGAAGUAAAUUGAUUUAGAGCCACUCUUCCUUUUUUUUUUGAAUCCAAUCAAGGGUAAUUUUUUUUAUAAUGGAUACCGAGGGGGUCGUAUCAUCAUCAUCGCACACACAGACUGCACAGGUGAAGUAUGUCCAAGAACUAGCAAUCAGUGGAGAAGAACCACCACUAAAAUAUAUCCAGAAAGAUAUUGUCAAUGUUAGGAGGAACCAGGUAACUACAGAUGAUUCUUUAUCUCUUCCAAUAAUUGAUAUUAGUCGUUUAACGGCCAAUGCAUCCAUAGAAGAGAAAGAAGAAGAGAUGGAGAAGCUAAAAUCUGCUUUGAAAUCAUGGGGCAUGUUUCAGGCGAUUGGGCAUGCAAUUCCGCAUAAUUUGCUCGAUGAUAUGUAUAAUGUUUCCAAGCAGUUUUUUGAUCUUCCUGUAGAAGAGAAGCAAAGGUAUGCGUCACCAAAAGACGAUGCUUUUUCUGACAUACAUGGGUUUGGGUGUGAUUCAAUUCUAGCAAAUACCGAUGACGAUCAGGUUUUCGAUUGGUACGACUAUCUAAACCUUUUAAUCGAACCAGCAGAAGAGCGAAAGCUCCGGUACUGGCCUGGUGAUGAUUCUCCGCUGAAUUUCAGGAAAACAUUGAACGAAUACAGUGAUCAGGCAAGAUCACUAUCGGAGGUUAUUUUAAAGGCAAUGGCCAAAUCACUAGGAUUAAAAGAGAAUGACUUGGUCAACCAGCUAGGUGAUAGACAAAUCGUGCAUACACAGAUUAACUUUUAUCCUCCUUGUUCUAGACCAGAUCUUGUUUACGGCAUAAGACCUCAUACAGAUGCAGGAGCAAUAACUGUUCUUCUGCAAGACCCAGAAGUAGAAGGUCUUCAAGUUCAUAUAGAUGAUCAAUGGGUUAGUGUUCCAUGCAUGCCUGGAGCUCUAGUGGUUAACAUCGGGGAUCAGUUACAGAUAAUAACUAAUGGAAUAUUCAAGAGCCCACUGCACAGGGCAAUGACAAAUGCAGAACGGACUAGAAUCUCUUUGGCUAUGUUUUAUGCACCACAUACCGAUGGAGAAAUUGAACCUGUCGCUGCGUUGAUCGAUGAGAGUAAUCCUAGAAAGUAUAGGAACGUGAAGGUGAAAGACUUCCUUGAAGCUUUCGACCAAAAUUAUUUGCAGGGAAAGCGAGUGUAUGACUGGGCCAGCGUCUAAAUAAUUUUGCGACACUUUUUUACGUUCUACAUUGAUUCUGCAAUAUCACCGACGAGCACCAAAUUCAGGUUCAAGAAUCCGGAGUUCUAAUAAUUUGCAAGUAAUUGGUUAUUAUCAUAAAGUAAGGAAAUGCAAAAAUCUUAAUAAAAGUACUUUUCGUGGCAUGGAUUGCUGGGGUUCCAAAUUAGUCAUGUAAUUUUAUCUUAUUCUAUCAUGUAAUUCAUUUGAA